UGACGCCGCUGGCAGUCCCUCCUCCUGCUCUGCGGCGGCGGCGUCUGGGGGCGGCGUCAGCGUCGGCCCAGGCUUGGGCGAUUGGAAGGGAGGGCAAGAGGGAGGGAGGAGGCGCCAUGGCCGCCGCUAUCACCGACAUGGCCGACCUGGAGGAGCUCUCCCGCCUCAGUCCUCUGCCCCCCGGCAGUCCCGAUCUCACGACGCGGAGCCGGGCCGGGCCCUCUGGAGGAGAGGAGGAAGAAGAGGAAGAUGAGGAAGAAGAGGAGACGGAGGCGCAGGCGGUGGCAGAGCUGCUGCUGAACGGCGACGGCGGGGGUGGGGGCGGCGGCGGCGGCGGCGGCGGCGGUGGUGGUGGUGGGGGCGAGGCGGAGACGAUGUCUGAGCCGAGCCCAGAGAGCGCCAGCCAGGCCGGGGAAGACGAGGACGAGGAGGAAGAGGAGGAGGAGGACGAGAGCAGCAGUAGCAGCGGGGGAGGCGAGGAAGAGAGCAGCGCCGAGAGCCUGGUGGGCAGCGGCAGCAGCAGCGACGAGACCCGCUCCCUCAGCCCCGGUGCUGCCAGCAGCAGCAGCGGCGAUGGAGACGGCAAGGAGGGCCUGGAAGAGCCCAAGGGACCGCGGGGCGGCCAGGGCAGCUGCGGCGGCGGAGGCGGCGGCGGCGGCGGGGGCGGCGGCGGCAGCAGCAGCAGCAGCGUUGUCUCCAGCGCCGGGGACGAGGGCUACGGCACCGGGGGAGGCGGAAGCAGCGCUACCUCGGCGGGUAGGAGAGGCAGCCUGGAGGUGUCCUCAGACGGGGAGCCCCUGAGCCGCAUGGACUCGGAGGACAGCAUAAGCAGUACUAUAAUGGAUGUAGACAGCACAAUUUCCAGUGGGCGUUCAACUCCUGCAAUGAUGAAUGGACAAGGAAGCACUACUUCUUCAAGCAAAAACAUUGCCUAUAACUGUUGUUGGGACCAGUGUCAGACUUGCUUCAACUCUAGUCCAGAUCUGGCAGAUCACAUUCGUUCCAUACAUGUAGAUGGUCAGCGAGGAGGGGUAUUUGUUUGCCUAUGGAAAGGUUGUAAAGUAUAUAACACUCCUUCAACCAGUCAAAGUUGGUUACAAAGACAUAUGCUGACACACAGUGGAGACAAACCUUUCAAGUGUGUUGUUGGUGGUUGCAAUGCCAGCUUUGCAUCUCAGGGAGGGUUAGCGCGUCAUGUACCCACACACUUUAGUCAGCAGAAUUCUUCAAAAGUUGCCAGCCAGCCAAAGGCCAAAGAGGAAUCUCCUUCUAAAGCUGGAAUGAACAAGAGGAGGAAGUUAAAAAAUAAAAGACGACGCUCAUUACCACGACCCCACGACUUUUUUGAUGCACAGACACUGGAUGCAAUACGACAUCGAGCCAUAUGCUUUAACCUCUCAGCCCAUAUAGAAAGUUUAGGAAAGGGACACAGUGUUGUUUUUCAUAGUACUGUAAUAGCCAAGAGAAAAGAAGAUUCUGGAAAGAUAAAACUGCUGCUUCAUUGGAUGCCAGAAGAUAUUUUGCCUGAUGUGUGGGUUAAUGAAAGUGAACGACAUCAAUUAAAAACUAAAGUAGUUCAUUUAUCAAAACUGCCCAAAGACACUGCCUUGCUUUUGGAUCCAAACAUAUACAGAACAAUGCCACAGAAGAGGUUGAAGAGAACUCUGAUAAGAAAAGUAUUCAAUUUGUAUUUAAGCAAACAGUGAACGUCAUUUGCAAGCAACCAAAAAUUUCAUCUAUCGAAUUAGGGCUGAAAAUUAACUGUUAAGAGUGUUGCAGUAUGUCUGGUGACUCCCUUUUCAGGCUUAGGGCUUUCUCAUGGAGUACAGUAUGUUAAUAUUUACUUAUAAUGAAUCUGUUAAUGGUUUUUGAAAAACCUCUUUCAAAUUUUUUGAAUACUCUUGGUGUUUUCAUUUUAAGACCAAUUUUUUCAUGAGAAAAGCAAUUGAUUUUUCUUUUGAUGCAAGAAAUUUUUUCUUUUUUACUUAUUUGGAAAUUGAAUUCUUUAUGCACCAAAGUUGGUUUGGGAAAAGAAAAUAAAAUCACUUUCUUGCUUAUUAAGCAAGAAGCCAUAUGGAUUUUUUUUAAACUUAAAGAAAUAGAAAAUUGUGUAACUUGUUAGUCUUGUAUGGAGACAAAAAUGUUGCAUAGAGAUAAUAGAACGUUGCUUGUAAAUAAUUCAGCAGAUUUGUAAUAUAUUUUUAUAUUAUGAAAUGUACUGUAGAUGUUUUUCUAGAGGCAUGAAAGUUAAAAUGUAUAUAUUAUGGUAGAAAUAAUAUUGAAGGAUAUUGUAAUUCACUAGUGCUGCCAGAAUUGUUAAUAAAGCACCUUCCUUAACAAUAAAUGUCUUUUGGAGACUUAAGGGACUAUGUACUACUGUUAAUAUCUGUUGUAAGAAUGAAAUACAUUGAACAUCCUUCCAGAAGUCUUUGAGGGAUGCAUGGUAACCAUAAUAGAAUUAUGGCACUCAUUCCGACAGUGACAGUGAAAUCAAUUAUUUCCUUACUGUUGGAAGGACCUAUUGUAAAGUAUGUGGUAAUAUGCAGUCAAACUGCAUAAAAUCCUCCUAAUUGAGGAGUUUUCACUUUACUAUAGUAAAUAUAAACCAGCAGUUUUUACACUAAAUUUUUUAAUGAAGAGACAAAUUUAGAAUUAACCCUUUGGUUCCAAGAUGAGAAUUUUCAUGAUACAUGGUGCAUUUUGCAUUUACUUAAUUUUUUUAAAAAAAUUAAAAAAAAAAUAAACAUGAGAGGCCUUCUUGGUUCCAGUGGGUUAAAAAGCUCUAGAAAUAAUGAGUCAUGAAAUCAAAUGAAGUGCAAUUACAGCACUACUAAUGUAAGACAUUCUGGAAAGGUUGUUUAAUAAGAAUAUUAUACAUAAGCUCUGUAGCAAUGUGACAUUCUUUUUUCUUUUUGAUUUUUCUUUUGGUUUCUCUUCUUUUGCUGGAGCACUUCAUCUACUGCUUUAUUCUGUACCUAUAAAGUAAUCUACAGUCUCCAUUGUUAUCUUAAAUUUGUUAUGAAAUUGCCAAUAAUCGGAUAUAUAAUUUGUAUCUGUAUUUUUAUUUUAUUGCUUCAUGUCCUUGUAAGUCAUUCAUAAUUGACAGAUGAUUGUAGCCCUUGCCUAAGUAUUUUUUCUAAUAAAACAAAGCAAAUCACAUCUAGUUUGAAAGUUGUUACCUUUCAAUGAAUUUUAAAAAUGGUAAUUGAUUUAAAGUACAUAUCCUUUUUGAUCCAUCUCACUUAGUGAGUGAGAAGUUUCUCAUUUUGACUCAUUUGAAUCCUGUGUACCUCUCCUUUAAUUUUACCUUACUUCAAUACCCACUGUUGUCAUUAGCUAGAUCUUACUUCACAUUACCUAUUAACUAUACUUGAAAAGAGAAUGUUGGAAGUAAAGCAGGUAAAGGCAAUUAGUAGCAAAAGAAAGUGUUAUUGCCUUUAAAAAUUUUUAUUUUAAUUUUUUUGCGGGGUUAUGAGGGUUAAGUGACUUGCCCAGAGUCACACAACUAGUAAGUAUCAAGUGUCUAAGGCUGGAUUUGAACUCAGGUCAUCCUGAAUCCAGGGCUGGUGCUUUAUCCACUGUGCCACCUAGCUGCUUCUCAUUCCUUCUUAAUACAGGGUGAAGAGAAUAAAUUAAAGGGCUUCUGACAGUUUGUGCAGUACUUUUUAUGACCCAAAGUACCUUUUAUGACUCCAUGAAACAAUGCUAUCUUUUAACAUUAACAUAAUUUUGCAUUGUGAUAGCUUUAAGUCACUAGUCUCUGAAUGUGGAUGAUCAUUUAAAAGGUGACUUGUAUGGUAUAUAACAGUAGUGAACAAUAUGUCAACAGAUCUAGCAUGAAGGUUGUCAUGUCUGUGUCAUGUGUGACUAGACAAAAAAUAUAGCCCAGUCACAGUUGUAAGGAAAGGGGUUGGGUAACUAACUGAAGGAUAUCAUUGUUAGCCUGUAUUAGUAGAUCUACAGGAACAAUUUUUGCAACCCCUUGUGACAGAUACUGACAGGAGUUUUCACAUUGAUUGGUUUUGUUAGUCAAGAUGGAGAAUCUAUAUUGGUAAGAUUCCUUUAGUUAUAGAAUCAAUUGACAAAUAUUUAUUAGGUAUUGGCUAAUGAGCCUUAGUUUUUGUAUACAAAGAAAGAUGUACUAUAGACUAGCAUUUAUAUUGGGCUUUAAAGGUUGCAGAGUGCAUUACAAAUUUCUUACCCUCACACAGCCAUGAAAUGUGUGAACUGUGUGCUUCAUUCCGGCUCUAGUCCCUUCAUAUCUUUGUAAAAGGGUUUUCAGCACUCCUCAUCCCUAGUUCUCUGGUAUCAUGGCUGGUCAAUGAAUUGGUCAGAUUUCUUUAAGCCUUUCAAAGCUGUUAUUGUUAUCAGUUGUUUGCUAGGCUCUACUCCAUUUUGGAUCAUUUCAUUCAGGUCUCAUCUGGUUUUUCUGAAACCAUCCUUAAAAGAUUUGCCAAGUUCAUAUAGGUUCAGCAAUCAAAAUCAAGUCCUCCAUUUCCAAAUCUUGUGAUUUUCCAUUGUAUUCCUAGUUUGCUCAUUUCCUCAUGUUUCUUAUGGUAUACGUUAUGUUUAUGCCAAUAUUCCAAAAAUAUAUGUACUCACUUUGCUUAUUUUUAAAAAAGUUUUAUUGCUAUGUUUUGUUUCUACAUUAAAGACAUUUGUAGAGUGCCACCACUUCUUGAGGUCUCUAGUAAGAAAGUAAAACAACCCAGCAAAACUGACAAUGAUAUCAUUUGAAGUGCACGCUUCCUCUUCCUCUCUUAAAAUUGAGUUUCUAAAAUUUGUUGGUUUUCUAGUUGCAUUGUCAAUUCACUCUUUUCUCUUUUGUUAAUAAAAGUAUUUAAAGAUAAAUUUCCCCAAAGCACUGGAUGUGUCCCCAAA